CAGGCUCCCCGGGUUGUAAUCUUGUAAUGUAUGUAAUAAAAAACCCAAGCGUGUGUGUACCUUAUUUUAAUUUUUAUCAGCUGUAAAAUAUACGUCUUCUGGUAUGUCUCAACAAUCACUGCAGGGAAAAUAACAUCGAUUGUAAAAUGAAUAAUGUCUCUUGGAUAAUCAAAAUUUUGACUUAUUUUGUUUGCUGAAUAACAAAGUUACCAAUAAGAACACAAAUUGUUAGUCGACCGCAAUGCAAUGAAGAGCACAUUUUCCACAACAUUAUAUAUUACGUUGUAGCCCUGGAAUUUUUUUAUUGAGUUGAUUUCAAACUAACUGGGGCACAAAAUGCUGAGAACGGCAAGACGGUGUUUAAACACGUGGUCACCUCUGGCCACUGCUUUUAAUGCAAAACCUGGCAGUAACUUUACCGUCAGUUUUGGCCAUAAAGAGACCGGUUUGUUCAGUAUCCCAGAGUUAGAAAAUGCAACUGGUUUUCAAGAAUUGGAAGAUAGAGCUAUUGCACGAUCUAACAAACUCAUCGAUGAAGCUACCAAAUCUGAUACACGUUCUAGAAAAAUGGUGGAAAUUUUUGAUGAAUUGUCAGAUACAUUGUGUCAGGUAGCAGAUAUGGCAGAAUUUGUGAGGAUAGCUCAUCCCAGUGCUGAUUAUUCAAAAGCUGCGGAAAAUGCUUGCAUCACCAUCAGCGGAAUUGUAGAAAAACUAAACACGAAUUUUCAGCUUUACAAUUCUCUUUCGAAUGUUCUCAAAAAUGGAGAUAUUGUAAAAACAAGCGAAAUAGAUAAUCAUGUAGCUAAUCUCUUCCUUUUUGAUUUUGAACAAUGUGGAAUUCAUUUACCAGAAAAACAGAGAUUUCAGGUUGUACAGUUGAAUGAUUUUAUACUACAGUGUGGACAAAAAUUUAUGGCUGGUGCACUUGAGCCCAGAGUCACAGAUAUGAAAGCAUUGCCACCAAGUGUACAGAAUAAUUUUACCAAUGAUGGAACGAACGUUGUAGUGGGCGGUUUAAACUCAGAUUCCUCUGAUGCUUUGGUAAGAGAGCUGGCAUAUAAAAUAUUUUUGUUUCCUGAUGCAAAACAAGAAGAACUACUUCAGGAUUUAUUAAAUUCAAGACACGAUUUGGCUCAUAUUUGCGGUUUUCCAUCUUAUGCCCAUAGAGCUGUGCGUGGAAGUACAGUAGAAACUCCGCAAUUUGUAAAUGAUUUUUUGAACCUAAUGACUGACGAGUUGAGAAACCGAGCUCAGAAUGAAUACGACCAGUUACAAAAAAUAAAGAAUUGUGAUUCUCAAGCUCAGCAGCCGAUAAUGCCGUGGGAUACGGCUUAUCUCACAAACAAAGCCCGAAAAUCGUGGUUGGGCUCAUCGAACGAAAAAUUUGCUCCUUAUUUUUCACUUGGAGCCUGCAUGGAAGGUCUGAAUCUUUUGACGCAGGCGUUAUAUGGAGUGCGUUUAGAAAACCAACCGAUGUUGUCUGGCGAGGCAUGGUCAUCUUAUGUACAUAAAUUAGCCGUUAUUGAUGAAAAUGAAGAGCUACUUGGUCAUAUUUAUUGUGAUUUUUUUGACAGAAGAAACAAACCCAUGCAAGAUUGCCACUUUACCAUUAGAGGGGGACGACAACUUCCUGAUGGAUCGUAUCAGAACCCUGUGGUCGUACUUAUGCUGACAUUACCAUCACCGAGCAAAUCAGCUCCUUCUUUGUUAAGUCCUUCCCUUGUAGAUAAUUUGUUUCAUGAAAUGGGUCACGCUUUGCAUUCUAUGCUUGGAAGGACGAAAUACCAACAUGUUACGGGAACAAGAUGUAGCACAGAUUUUGCGGAAGUGCCAAGUGUACUUAUGGAAUACUUUUCAUCCGACCCAAGAGUCAUUUCCUUAUUUGCAAAACACUAUGAAACUGGUGAAUCAAUGCCUCAAGAAAUGGUGCAUCAGCUGUAUACUUCAAAAAGUUUGUUUCCUUCAUCAGAAAUGCAGAGUCAAGUGUUUUACAGUAUGCUAGAUCAAGUAUAUCAUAGUGGCAAAUGUAAAACAUCAACGACAAGUAUAUUGGAACAAAUACAAAAUCAAUAUUAUGGCUUACCAUAUGUUCCCAACACGGCUUGGCAACUACGAUUUUCCCACUUGGUCGGUUAUGGUGCCAAGUACUAUUCAUACCUUGUAUCUCGUGCCAUUGCUUCAUGGAUUUGGCAUACCUACUUUGAAGCUGACCCACUGAGUCGAAGCUCAGGUGAACGUUACAGAAAUGAGUGCCUGGCUCAUGGUGGUGGCAAGCCUCCUUCAAAGCUGGUAGCUGAUUUUCUUAAUAGAAAAUCUAGUCCAGAGAACUUUGUCAAGUCACUUAUUCAUGAAAUCGACAAGAGAACUGAAUACUUGCAAACACAAAAAUCUUGCAAGUCUGUAUAAAAAACGUUCAGUAGGCAGAAUUUUUAUUUUCAUACGGUGAUAAUCCUCACCUAUGAAAAAUACUGAAAGGUU